AUGGUUUUGUCUUUCGAUCUUCACACCGAAACUUUCCAAGUCAUCGCUAAAGCUCCUUUUCUCCACGUCUCUGAUGAUAAGAAGAAGAUCUUCAUGUGCAACCUUGGCGAUCGUUUGUGCGUAUCCGAGGAAAAGUGGCUCGAACAAGUCAUAUGGUCGUUCGAUUCAGACCACAAGACAUGGAUGAAUAUAUGUUCCAUAGAUCUAAUCACAACUUCAUCUUUCUUUCCCUCACACAUAUUGCCGCUAGCGGUUUUGGACAAGGACAAGUUAUUGUUUUAUGAUCCUGAUUCUAGGAGGGCAUUGGUAACAUAUGAUCCCAAAAACUAA